AUGGCCUCUAACAUCUACGCACCCUUGAGCGAUGACGCAACAAGCAUUCGAGUCGUUCAACUUGCACCAUCAAAGACCUCCGAUAAUAUCUCUGUCACUGCCCAGCUCAUUGAAACAAGCUGGGAUAAAUGCAGUUAUGAAGCCCUCAGCUAUUGCUGGGGAAGGCACUACAGGACCAAGAAGAUCCUCCUGAAUGGGCAGCAGGUCAAAGUGACAGCAGACUUGCAUGACGCGUUAGAGCAAUUUUGUCUCGAGGAUGAGCCGAGGUCUCUCUGGCUUGACGCUGACGAGAAGAGUGUUCAAGUGCAAAGAAUGCAGGAUAUUUACCGCAAUGCCCAGCAAGUCCUCGUCUGGAUCGGCAAAGAAAAGGAUCACACUGGCUUGGCGAUUGAACAGAUCCAACGACUUCUAGCUUGUCACGAUCCAGACGCCGAGAAAGAAAUUUGGAGCGAACCAGGAGAGUGGAUUGCAUGCCUAAACGAGAUGAUCAAAAGACCAGUAAGGGGAUACUGGUCUCGUGCGUGGACAGUCCAAGAAGUCGUCCUUGCUAGGAAUGCGAUCCUGUGCUACGGCUCCUAUACCAUUCCCUUCUUCGACUUUGCACAUCUCCUGGUCCGGCAAACAACCCGACACUACCUUAAAGUCAAUUAUGCCUUGGCAAGCUACCUCCAGCAAGUAUUUGAGAUGCGAAACCCGUCAUAUAAAGACCCCCCACUAGGUCUCUUCGGACUUGCAUACAAACUUCGCCUUCGCCAGUGCACUGUUCCCUAUGACAGGAUCUACGCUUUUCUAGGGUUGAUGAAGUUUGAGACACUGGAGGAGUUGCCAGUCGAUUAUAAAAUGAAUCGCGACAAGCUAUGGAUGGCCUUUGCUAAAGCAACCAUGGCCAAGUACAAGACACUUCUCCCCAUGGCUCUUGCUGAGAGCAAGUACACAGAAGCCCGUUGGUGCUACGAUUGGGACACGGAAUUCUUCGAACCAAAUUACCCCGUGCACGGCAUAGUUCCUUUUUGGACAGGAGGCCUAGACAGUCCAGAUUUCUAUCCGUUGCAACGAGCCAGUCACUCGGCAUCUGAUGGGCUUGAAGCGCGGAUACGAGUCGAUCUCGAGGCACCAUCCGUCAUUUCAGCCCAAGGCUUUACCGUCAGCAAGGUUGCCAAGGUCGGUACAUGUGUGAACUCAUGGUUAAUUGGUUUCGGCCGACCGAAUUAUGUCGAGCUAUUCCAGGAGUGGGAGUCACUCGUCGGAGGUCCGUGGGAAGAUCCAGAGAUGUCCAAGAGAUUUGCGCACACGAUCACGGGAGGUGCCUGGGACACCGAGCCAGCUGAUUGGAGGGUUUGGAAUACCAAGAAUUACUCGGAAAAGGUGUAUGCGUGGUCUUGGUGGACUCAUGACACCGAGCAAGAUGAAAAUUUCACCGGCUACAACAUGAGUCGUCACACGGAACCUGAACCUACGGAGCUUCACGCGCAAUAUUGCCGCAUCCGGGACGAUUCUUGUGAGGAACGCAGAAUGUUCCUCCUCGAGAACGGUGACUUUGGUCUCGGCCACGAGAAAACGCAAGUGGGUGAUCUGGUUGUAAUUCUGCUUGGCAGCCAGGUUCCUUUCGUGUUGCAUAAAAGAGAUCACGGCGGAAUGAGAUGGUGGGCAGACAUAGAAAACAAAUGGGACCUUUACAAGUCGACGUGGGGGGUCGUUGGACAGGCUUACGUGCACAGUUUGAUGAAAUACCAGGGUGACCUAGAACAGGAUAUAGAGAGUGGAAAGGUCGUUUUGGAGGAGUAUCUACUUGAUUAG